AUGUCCCAUGUCCUCCCCCCCGUGCCCCCCCGGGGUGUCCUCCUCCCCCUUCCCCGUGUCCCCCCCCUCGAUGUCCCGUGCCCUCCCCACCGUGUCCCCCCCCCCGGGUGUCCCCUGUCCCCCCCCUGUCCCCGGGGGGCGGUGCGGGGGAGGGACGUGCCGGGGCGGGGGGCGCGGGGCGGCGGCGGCCCCCGAUGGGAGGGCGGGAGCGGGCGGCUGCUGGCACCCGCCGGGGGCCGCCGCGCCUCGCUGCUCCUCACCAUGAUCCUCCUCUUCACCUUCUUCUUCCUCUGCCUGCCGGGGCCCUGCGAGCCGCUGCCGCCCGACGGCUCCGUCCCGGGGGGGGACACGGCCUUCGGGGCUCGGGGCGGCGGUGGCCGGCGCUUCCCGCAAGCCAUCAUCGUGGGCGUGAAGAAAGGAGGGACCAGGGCGCUGCUCGAGUUCCUGCGGGCGCACCCCGGGGUGCGGGCGGUGGGCGCCGAGCCCCACUUCUUCGACCGAUGCUACGACAAGGGGCUGCGCUGGUACAGGAGCCUGAUGCCGCGGACGCUGGAGGGGCAGAUCACAAUGGAGAAGACCCCCAGCUACUUUGUCACCAAGGAGGCUCCCCGGCGCAUCUACAACAUGUCUCGGGACACGAAGCUGAUCGUGGUGGUGCGCAACCCCAUCACCCGCGCCAUCUCGGACUACACGCAGACGCUCUCCAAAAACCCUACCAUCCCGAGCUUCCAGGCCCUGGCCUUCAAAAACAUCAGUACGGGACUGAUCGACACGAGCUGGAGUGCAGUGAGGAUCGGGAUCUACGCCAAGCACCUGGACAACUGGCUGCAGUACUUCCCCCUCUCCAAAUUCCUCUUCGUCAGUGGGGAGAGGCUCGUCAGCGACCCAGCCGGAGAGAUGGGCCGCGUCCAGGACUUUUUGGGUCUUGAGAGGGUGGUGACGGACAAACAUUUCUAUUUUAAUGAGACGAAGGGCUUUCCUUGCCUGAAGAAGCCGGAGGGUGGCAGCAAGCCCCGCUGCCUGGGGAAAUCCAAGGGGCGGCCGCACCCCAAAAUCGACAUGCAGGUGGUCCAGCGCCUGCGGGAGUUUUACAGACCCUUCAACAUGAAGUUUUAUCAGAUGACAGGGCAGGACUUUGGAUGGGACUGAGCCAUCCACAGGGCACGCUGCUGUGCUGGGACUUGCUCUGCUCGGCGGUGCCUGGAACCAGGACUUGCGGUCCAGGGAUGCUUGUGGCCACCAUGGUCCAGGGAUGCCUGUGGCCACCCCACCAGCAACUGCCUGCCUUCGUUCUAAUUUAUAUUGGACCUUUUCUGGUGAGAAAUGGACCCUCCUGGAGUAGAGAGAAAUAUUUAAGAAAUAAAAACCACAGAUGACCCCUCUCCCCUCCCUGAUCAGAUUAAA